UCAAAAAUCGGGUUGAACCGUACAAGUUGCACCGCAAACCCCAACAACGACCACGACGGGGUGGCUUAACUGGUAUUAUUUUGACCCGCGAGGAGGCGCGUGGGUUCAGAGAGAUUAAGUUAAACGGAGCCGAGGACGAUGCUGUCGUAGAAUCAAUCUAAAACCCAUAAUUUGUUUCUUCUAUAACCCUGCAAACUGCAAACCACUGUCGUACAACACAGCUAAACAUUAGGGACAUCAAAGAAGAUGCCGGUGAUGGCAAUAUACUGAUAGCGAAGUGAAGCUCAUUUGAGAUUUCAUUGGAUUUGGGGAAGAGAAAUGUCGAAGCUUUUUCAGAGGGUUGCUGGGUUCUUCACCAACAGGACUAUGAUGGGAAUGGACAAAGCCGGCAACCGUUACUUCGCCAAAAAAGAUGAGGUUGAUGGCAUCAGAACUAAUGGAUUUGGAAGCAAGACGUGAACGUGUCCGGCAGAAUGUUGCUCUUCUGAAGAAAGAAGAAGAGGAAAGGAAAGCAAGAGAAGGCAGUACCAGUAAAGUCAUCAACUCUGAUAAAGUUGGAGGUCCAGAUUUGAAAAGUUUCAUUCGGCAAUUUGGUGUUCCUUCUGAAGGUAACUUGUCUUUUAUCCUCUCCCGCCUUCAAAUACACGUUGCUUAGGUGUUAGGAUGAAGAUUUUUAUUUGAAGUAUAUCCUUAAGAUUGCAUAAUCAUUCAGUAUUUAUCUUGCAUUACUAACUGUUGGGUUAACUACUGUUCUUUCAAGGUAUAUUAUGCCAGAGUAAUGUACUUUUCCACAGAAAGGUUUCUUAGAAUAAGUAUUUUUAU